AUGAGCGAUAUCAAAAGGUACUUUUUAAACAAACCCAAGGCCUCGAUGCAUGCGCCUGGCCUUGUGUGCGAAACACCCCCUUUUUCCCAACCCGGUGAACAGCUCGACGCCACAGCUCUUUUGAAAGAUCAGGAUCAUCAAGCUGCUAAGAGAUCUCGCAUGAGGGACACGGGAAAGAAGUCGAGAGACGAAGCGAGGAGUUGGAAUGCAAAUGAUCGCCGCUGGGGUCGGAUUUACCGUAUGGCAGCGGCCUGCAAGCCAUUCUCCCUUUCAGCCAAAGAGACAGGAGGGAUCUCCCUUCCAGAAAGCUUGGCGCCUCCCAGGGCGAAUUGGAAUCCUGAACAAAUCAGCAAUUCUUCAAGAUCCUCACCAGGAUUGAAGCUGCGACAGCUCGCACGCUUGGAGCCAAUCAUUCUCCCGCGAGGAGAGCUGGGCCCCAGCAUUCGUCACGACGGACACAAAGCCUGUUCUGACAGCCAGCUCUCACGGAACCUCGAGAACUUAAUGCUCGGAGCCACAUUGCUCCCCCCUGCGGACCUGCGGACAUUCAUCAUGGUGUCGAAUAUUAAAAAUUAUGUUGGUAAACUUCGAAUCAUCAGCCCACUUCUGCAUCGAUCGCGCCUCGGCCAACUCCUGACAACCCACCCGCACGGCGAACAGUCUGCCUCAUUUGCUGUGUGGUCUGUAUCAAUCAUUCAUGCCGCCAUGAGCAGCUUCGAGUUUGUCGGCCUUCUCCACGUCCCAUUGGCACACGUUCCAGAGGAGAUGGCUGAUGGAAUAAAGCUUGCCGGAUGUCCCCGGGCAACGUGGAAAUGGCUGCCUUCCGCCUUUCUUUCUCACCAACCUGAAAGGCGUAUCGCGCGAUACCAAAGCGGUAUUCUAUCUCUUGGCGAAGAGGAAAAGCUAUCCCAAACGGGCCUAACGUGCAGCGGGGAAGAGGGUUCCGCCGCGGGAGCGCAAAGUGGACCGGGUGCCGCUCCACUCUCGGGCGGUUCCUCCACUUUCUUGGCGCCCUGGACCCUGCCGAACCCUCUAAACGAGCAUGUCACGGUUGAAAGACUCGAAAUCGCGGCCCCAGCCGAGGACGACGACGACCUCGGAUGCGGUUCUGUUCAAAACAUUCCUCAGGCACAGUGA